CACAGAGCACUUCCCACAACAAGAUUCCUGAAGAGCUGAAGCCAGACAAAUAGCUGGCCAGCUGCGUUAUUUACUAUGUAGCAGCUAGCCAACCAGCAAGCUAACGUUGGUUCAACUAGCAAGAUGAACGCAUUUUGCUGCCUGACAACCAGUCAGUUACAUGGCACUAUGUACAGUAAGGCUAGCUAACAUAUUUCAUUUGGUUUGUGUCAUUAGGUUGACAAGCGAACUAGCUACCUAAAUGGCUAGCUAGGCGUCAUCAGUAUUUAGAUCUGGUGGUACUAGUAGCUAGUCCGUAUUGGUCGAGUGUGCUUUUGAAAACGAGCGAUGGAAGGAGUUCUCUACAAGUGGACGAACUACAUGACAGGGUGGCAGCCUCGCUGGUUCGUCCUGGACGAUGGGAUCCUCUCCUACUACGACUCGCAGGAGGAUGUGUGCAAAGGCAGCAAGGGCAGCAUCAAGAUGUCUGUCUGUGAGAUCAAAGUCCACCCCUCAGACAGUAGCCGCGUGGAGCUGAUCAUCCCAGGGGAGCAGCACUUCUACGUGAAGGCAGUGAACGCUGCCGAGAGACAGAGGUGGCUGGUGGCUCUGGGGAGCUCCAAGGCUGGAUUACUGUACACAGGCAGCACCAUGGAGAGAGAGCUGACAGAAAGGACAGACAGUCUGAGGACUAAGAUGUCGGAGCUGCGCCUGUACUGUGACCUCCUGGUGCAGCAGGUGCACACGCUCCAGCACUCACCCAUCCACGACAUCACUUCCUGCUGCGACACGCCUGGCCAUGACAUCCCCUCCUGCGCAGACCAACCUAGCCACGACAUCCCGUCCGCCCCUGCCUCGCCCAGCUCUGAGACGAGACAGGAGGCAUCGUCUCUGCUGAGGGCUACCUGCAGCACCUUUCUAAGGACCCUGGAGGAGUGUAUGACCCUCGCCAACACACACCUCACCCCGCCGCCAGACUCACUCUCCCCUAUCUCGCCCUCCCCCCUGCAGAUGGCCCGGGUGAGGACCAGUGAAAUGAAGCGGUCCAUCAGUCACCCAGGAACAUACAGCUCUGACCGGUCUGUCCAGCGCAGGACCAGAACCUGCUCCGACACGGAGGCUGCCUGUCCCCACCCUGCUGGACACACUGACCGAGCGUUGCCGGGGGCGUUGUCGUGCCUGAAACCCAGUGUGAAUGGAGACUCCGCCCCCUGCAUCCCAGAGGAGAGUAGGGGAGGGGCCAGUCCCAGAGCCACGCCCGACACAGACGCCCACGAGACGGACGUGUCCAUCUAGAAGUGACCGCCCUGCUGACACACCUGUCCUGUCCCUCACACCACUGACCCUGCUACCAUUAUGACGGACGCCGUACCAACAGACGGGUGUCACGUGCUUUUCUGUCCCCUACCAGCCCUUGCCGGUCACGUUGAUAACAGUUCCCUCCGUGUCGGUGUCACAGGGAUAACUGUCCCCUCUGAGAGUGUGUCACAGUCAUUGGGGUCCCCUCUGAAGUAUUGUAGGAGUUCCUGUGGAAGCGUGUCUCUGCACUUUAAGAACAUGGAUGAACACAGACGUCCUUUCUGAAUGUUUUUAGAAUCAAUAGAAGGUGUGGGAUGCAGGUCACUGAGACCAGAAUUCUGUGCCAAGGACCCGGAUGAAAAUGUCAAAGCCUUGGCAUGACAUGCAUACACACAAUUUACUUACACACACACACACACACACAGCACACUGUAUUACUGAGUCCCAGACACACUUGUGUGUAUUUUGUUGCUUUAGUGCAGGUCUCUCCUGCCCAACUAUGAAGGAGAUGUCUAAAUGAACAUCCUCAGCUUAAUGUUUUAAAUAAAAACUUGUCUGUUAACAU